AUGGUAGACAGCACGCGAACUCCAGAGCGUCGUCUUCUUCCGACCAAGCUGACAACAUCUUCUUCAUCAGCCUGUCACAUGACCCCCGGUGGCGGAAGCACCGGCUCGGUGCUGGUUAGGAGGCGGGCGAGUGAUACAACUAAAGACGCGAGACAUGGACCACGUUGGAGCGAUGCUGAGCCAAGCGAGAAUUCCGACCCAACUGGGAUCAUCUUCGGUGUCAUCGGUCUAUGCUGCAUCGUGCUUGUUGCCGCUUGCUUCGGCUACCUGUUGCUGGGAUCAGCGGAUGCUGAAGAGCCGGAAGGAGACGACGUUUUCGGUGGUGGCGGUGGUGGCGGUGGUGGCGGCGGUGGUGGAGGUCAUGGUGGGGGUGGUGGGGAUGUUGGAGGUGAUGGAAGUGGUGGAGACGUCUCGCAGCCACCAGAUGUGCCCUUGCCACCAUUUACAGCUCGGACGCCCGGUAGUUCACCAGCCUGUCCUGAGGCACAUAGAACAACGUUCUCAAUAGUUGAUGUUGGUGGUGAUGUUGGAGGUGAUGGAAGUGGUGGAGGUGGUGGAGACGUCUCGCUGCCACCAGAUGUGCCCUUGCCACCACUUACAGCGCGGACGCCCGGAACAACGCCUGCUGGUCAAAGAACACCUGCGCAAAGAACUGGAGCCCCACCAGUUAUUGGCCCACCUGCAGUACUGAGGCCUUCGCCAGCUACUGUAACCCCACCAAUUAUUGGCCCACCUGCCGUACUCAGUCCUACUCCAACCUCAACUCCGACGCCUAUACCAAAACCUACGCCGGCUCCCACACGACGAAUUACACCACCUCCCAUUCCGCCCCCGACACCACCUCCCAUUCUGCCACCGACCCCGAAGCCCACUCCAAGGCCGGCAGCGAGGCCUAGUCCAGCGCUGACACCACAGCCCACUCCAAGGCCCACGCGGAGGCAGACGCAGACGCCCACGGCAAAGCCGACGCCCAGGCCCACUCCGAAGCUCACGCUGAGGCCCACUGCAAGUCCCACUCCGAGUCCCACUCCCAGGCCCACGCCGAGGCCCACGCCGGGGCCCACUGCAGGUCCCACUCCGAGUCCCACUCCGAGUCCCACUCCCAGGCCCACUCCAAGGCCCACGCCGAGGCUCACGCCGAGGCCCACGCCGAAGCCGAUGCCGAGGCCCACGCCAAAGCUCACGCCGACGCCCACUGCAAGUCCCACUCCGAGUCCCACUCCCAGGCCCACUGCAAGGCCCACACCGAGGCCGACGCCGAGGCCCACGCCGAAGCCGACGCCGAGGCCCACGCCGGAGCUCACGCCGAGGCCCACUGCAAGUCCCACUGCGAGUCCCACUCCCAGGCCCACUCUGACGCCCACGCAGAUGCCAAUGCCGAAGCCCACGCCAAAGCCCACGCCGAGGCCCACGGUGAGGCCCACUGCAAGUCCCACUCCGAGUCCCACUCCCGGGCCCACUCCAAGGCCCACGGUGAGGCCAACGCCGAGGCCCAUGCCGAAGCCGAUGCCGAGGCCCACGCCGAAGCGCACGCCGGGGCCCACUGCAAGUCCCACUCCGAGUCCCACCCCCAGGCCCACUCCAAGGCCCACGCCGAGGCUAACGCCGAGGCCCACGCCGAAGCCGAUGCCGAGUCCCACGCCGAAGCUCACGCCGAGGCCCACUGCAAGUCCCACUGCGAGUCCUACUCCCAGGCCCACUCUGCGGCCCAUGCCGAGGCCGACGCCAAAGCCCAUGCCGAAGCCCACGCCGAUGCCCAUGCCGAGGCCCACGCCGAAGCUCACGCUGAGGCCCACUGCAAGUCCCACUCCGAGUCCCACUCCCAGGCCCACUCCAAUGCCCACGCCGAGGCCCACUGCAAGUCCCACUCCGAGUCCCACUCCCGGGCCCACUCCAAGGCCCACGGUGAGGCCAACGCCGAGGCCCAUGCCGAAACCGAUGCCGAGGCCCACGCCGAAGCUCACGCCGGGGCCCACUGCAAGUCCCACUCCGAGUCCCACCCCUAGGCCCACUCCAAGGCCCACGCCGAGGCUAACGCCGAGGCCCACGCCGAAGCCGAUGCCGAGUCCCACGCCGAAGCUCACGCCGAGGCCCACUGCAAGUCCCACUGCGAGUCCCACUCCCAGGCCCACUCCAAUGCCCACGCCGAGGCCGACGCCGAGGCCCACGCCGAGGCCCACUGCAAGUCCCACUCCGAGUCCCACUCCCAGGCCCACUUCGAAGCCCACAAUAAUUCCCACACCAAUGCCCACUCCGGGGCCGACUCUAAAGCCCACUCCAAGGCCGACUCCAAGGCCUACUCCGAGGCCUACUCCAAGGCCUAGUCCACGGCCCACGACAGUUCCUACGACAACUACGAAAGCAUUCUCUGUAGACGAGCUCAUCUGCACGGUGGGCGGAAAGGCCAUCUUCCCCGAAAUGAUCCCGACUGACGGGCUGUGCGAUUACAUCUACUAUGCCAACGUCGCCGUGGUUCACGGCGUCAUGCACGGCAUCGAAACCGAAGAAAGCUGGGUAACGUUCAAGAUGAUAAUGAAGACCCUCACAAAGACUUCGGGUGGCAUCGGAUUCGAUAUCCGGUACUCAGCCCCGACUAGUAUGAACGCAACGACCGAACAGGAACUGCAAAAUCAUUCUAGGCACAGCAACCUCAAGCACUACGGUGUGUUGAACGUGUUGCACACAACAACGAAAGUAAAGGGUCUAUACGACAAGGCGAAAGUGCUUCUUGCAAAUCUGAAGGCUCUACAAGUGUCAACAAACGCCGUCAACUCGAAAACAUUAAUUGCUCUCGGCAUAUUCAAUUAUCGCCGCGAUAACGCGAUGGGCGUCCUCAGCGAUAUGUUCAACGACGCUGUCACCAACCACGUUGCGGAUACGGUCAUCGUCUACUCCUCUGUGGGCUGGAUCGAGCGAGAGAGCGAAUGCUACAGCCACCCGCCAUCUGUAUUUCAAAGAAGCGACCUGAAAGGGGUGGAUCGCUAUUAUGCCGACCGGGCACCAGAUAUCAAAAGUAUAACAAGGCUCAUGACGAGAGACAAGCCGUUCCCCUCCCACACCAAGGUGGGGCUAUCUUUCGAGCUGGGCACCCUCGUGUACACCGUAAAGGUCGCAAAUAAAGGUGUCCUCUCAGAAUUGGUCAACAUUGCCUGCAAGAGCCUCUACGUCACAAACUUCGACGUCGCGCCUUGCCUAGGAAACGUCCAGUCCAACCGAGCCAUAAUAUUUGAAGGCGUGGAGGUGGCCCAAUCACAGGCUGAUAUAAUGCAGGUCAUACUUUUCGAGAGCAACAAUACUAUCUUCUACAAGAUCAAAAAGCUGGCCGAGAAUUCCACCUUCCUGCGGCCGGGUAUGUCACUGCUGCUGCUCAACGCCCACCUCGGGGACUUCAGGAGCCCCGGAGAGAACCCGUGUACCCGGUACCGCGAAAAAGACCGAACCGACCCGUUCUACCGAAUCAGAUUAUUUAGGGCAUGGCUCGGGUUGCCCUAAAGCCGAACCGAGGCAGCUUGGGGAAGAGUGGUCGUCGGACUGUGGAGUGGUGUGUGUGGCGGUAGUGACAAGCUUGUGCCUUGGCCUUCACCUGGUGUUGUGCUUUCAUAAAGCGCGACACCCGACAGGAUGACUGCGUUUCCUCAAUAGUCGUCCCUUUGCGUAGUUCAACAAUAUCAGCGUAACUCUUA